CUCCUCUCUCCACGACGACUCUGCUCUCUCUAUUCAUUCCCUCCUCAAGCCAUGGCCGGAGGAGUAGAAGAAGUGACGGAAACUCUUCUGAAAAAGACGUCGGAGAACGGUGCCGGAGAAGAGGAAGAGUUGGAAAUGAAGGAUAAAAUUUGGAAUGAAUCAAAGAAGCUAUGGGUUGUGGCGGCGCCGGCGAUCUUCACAAGAUUCUCUACUUCCGGUGCAUCUUUGAUAACUCAAGCUUUUGUCGGCCACCUUGGCCCCACCGAGUUGGCCGCUUACUCCGUCACACUCACCGUUCUCCUCCGUUUCAGUAAUGGUAUCUUGGCAUGGCUAGUGCACUCGAAACACUAUGUGGUCAAGCCUAUGGAGCAAAACAAUAUCAUAUGCUUGGGAUUUAUCUCCAAAGGUCAUGGAUCGUUCUCAUAGGUUGUACCAUUUGCCUCACGCCCAUCUACAUCUUCGCUGGACCUAUCCUCUUAGCUUUAGGUCAAGAGGAACGCCUCGUCCGUGUAGCUCGAACCAUAGCCCUAUGGGUCAUAGGCAUCAACUUCUCUUUCGUUCCAUCCUUCACUUGCCAAAUGUUCCUCCAAGCUCAGAGCAAGAACAAGAUCAUUGCUUACGUUGCUGCUCUCUCCUUAGGGGUCCAUGUCUUCUUGUCGUGGCUCCUAAUGGUUCAUUUUGAUUUUGGAAUCGCCGGUGCUAUGACCUCGUCGCUCGUAGCGCAUUGGUUGCCUAACAUUGCUCAGCUCUUGUUCGUCACGUGCGGUGGGUGUAAAGACACGUGGAGAGGAUUCUCUUGGUUGGCUUUCAAAGAUCUUUGGCCCGUCUUCAAGUUAUCUAUGGCUUCCGGUGGCAUGACUUGCUUGGAGAUAUGGUAUAACUCGAUAUUGAUCUUGCUGACGGGAAACUUAAAAAACGCUGAGGUUGCUCUAAACGCACUUGCAAUCUGCGUCAAUAUAAAUGCAAUGGAGAUGAUGGUAGCCUUCGGCUUCAUGGCAGCAGCAAGUGUAAGAGUUUCAAACGAGAUCGGGAGUGGAAACUCUAAAGGAGCAAAAUUUGCGACAAUGAUAGUGGUUUUGACGUCACUUUCAAUAGGGAUAAUUUUAUUCUCAGUCUUCCUGUUUCUAAGAGGAAGAGUUUCGUACAUUUUCACCACAAGUGAAGCUGUUGCCGCAAAAGUAACCGAUCUUUCUCAACUAUUGGCCUUCUCCAUUCUUAUGAACAGUGUUCAACCCGUUCUCUCUGGAGUUGCUGUUGGAGCGGGAUGGCAAAAAUAUGUUACAUACGUUAACCUUGCUUGUUAUUACCUUGUUGGAAUUCCUUCCGGUAUUUUCCUUGGCUAUGUCGUCGGUUUGCAAGUCAAAGGUGUUUGGUUAGGAAUGAUUUUUGGAAUCUUCGUUCAGACUUGUGUGCUUACCAUAAUGACAAUGCGAACAGACUGGGAUCAACAGGUGUCUUCGUCGCUGAAAAGAUUGAACCGUUGGGUUGAACCAGAAUCCAGAGGUCGAAACCAAACUUCACAAAGAGAAUAAUUAUAAAGAUUUAGCUAAAACAUGAGCUUUGUAAUCGAUUUUAAUCCUCUCUUCACUCUCGAAUGUAUACACUUGUGUGUUUAGACCGCCUAAAAAGUGAUUCUAUUUUCA